AUGACCGCUCUGAUGUGGAUCCUUCUCUUCGCCGCGUUGACGUGCUUAGCGACGGCGGCCGGCCAGGACGCUGCGCUGGGCUCGCGCGCUCAACGAGACGCGCCGGGUCCUCGCCUGGCGGCCGCGGCCGAGGAGAGCGGGCUCCGAUCGCUCGCUGCGGCGAGGUUGACUCGCAUGGACUGGAUGUCCGGGCCCGAAACGGAAGAUACGAAGCUACUCGAUGCAGCGAACGUCGGAUCGAGCGACUUCGGCCAAUCUCGUGACGACGCGAAGCCGCGACCCUUCCCGGCGCGGCGUCUCGCGCAGCAGAAGCGCGCGGCGGCGCCGGCGCAGGACAUCACCAAGUCCGUCGCGUACCCCGUUGACCUGAGCGCCGACAACUGGGAGCGCAUCAUCUCGAGCGUCCCCGCGGCCGGUCUGGUGCUGGUGGAGUUCUACGCGUCGUGGUGCCCGCACUGCCAGAAGUUCAAGCCGACCUUCGAGGAGGUGGCGAGGUACUUUGGCGAGGCGCCGCGACCUGUGCCGUUCCUGUUCGUCGCCCGCAUGGACUGUGCGACCGACGGAGACACCAACGCGCUGUGCAGCGACUUCGGCGCGCGGGCGAUCCCGCACGUUGUGUUGGGCACACGCGAGCGGGUGCUCAGGAAGGACAGCGGGAUGACCAAGAUCCACGACCGGACGACGGAGGGCAUCGUCGCCGAGGUCAGCCGCGCGCUCACGGCCAACCGGCCCUCCUCCGCGCCUGCCGUCGACUACCUCGCUUCCAAGAAGAUCGGCGAGACUCUGCCGCCCAGCAACGGCGAUUCCGGCACCGAAGAAGGCAGCGAGCACGCCGCGAAGGGGUCCGGCGCAGCACUUGCGCCCGGUGCAGACGCUGGGCGGACGCGGCGCCCACUGAGCGUCAGUGCGGACCUCCUCGACGUCGUGACGGCAACCAUCAUGCUCUUCGAACACAUUCAGACUAGCGCGGUGCACACGGCGUCGCCGGCGGACCGCGAGGCGCUGGUUUCGUGGCUGCACCUGCUUUCCCGCGCACACCCUGUGCGGGAGUGUGCGGCGGGGGCGCGGUCGCUGCUGGGCAACCUCGACAGCGUGUGGCCUGCAGGAGACGCAGAGCUGCGAGACACCGGCGCUUGGCGGGCGUGGCGGCCGUGCGGGGACGCGUUCAGCAAGCUGGAGUGGGGGGCGUGUGCGAGCGAGGUCGAGGGCGCACGCGGGUUCACGUGUGGGCUCUGGACGCUGCUGCACGCUCUGUCGGUGCACAUCAAGGACGGCCAGGGGCAGGAGGUGGUGGCCGGCGUGCGAGCGUUCGUGCGCCGCUUUUUCGGCUGCUCUGGUUGCGCACAACACUUCGAGACGCAGCUGUCCGACUCGGCGACGCGCGGCGUCCACACGGAGCAGCAGGCGGCGCUGUGGCUGUGGCGCGCACACAACUGGGUCAAUCACCGGCUCGCGAAGGAGGGCGGCGGAGCGACGGGCGACCCCGCGCACCCCAAGGUCACCUGGCCGGCCUACAGCGACUGCGCGGUCUGCUACAAGGUGGCGCCCGGGACGCCAGAGUACGAGCGUGUGCGCGACGCCGAGCACCUGGGCACGGCUUCCGGGGUUUUCGACGAGACUGCGAUAUUCAAUUACCUGCACGACUUCUACGGAGUCUCUGGGGCGGCGAUGGACUUGAUUGGCGUACACGCGCAGCAGCCGCCACGAAAGGUUUGGGCAGGUGGUGCGGGCGUGCCGGGGGAGGCGCACGUGGACGCGGGCGGGAACGUGCACGUGGCAGGGAGCGGCACACAAGCACUGGCGGGCGAGGGCGGCGUGCGGCGCGGGUGGCUGGCGGUCUGCGGGGCCGUGGCGCUCGCGGCUGCGUCAGUGUGGUCGUGCGUGCGGAGUGCGGGGGCGAGCGCGCCUGGGAAGGCCGGAAGUCUGCGGGCGUCGGUGCGGCGGCGGAGUGCGGGUGCCAGUGGGGGUGUAUUGGCGUCGAUUGAGAGGGGAGUGAUUGGGCUCGCGCGCUCCGUGGCGAAGACUUGCGCACCGCGCUUGCAGGCGGCGGCGGGAGUGAGGUACUACCACGCCGGCCCGUGA